UUAAGCCUGGAGCGCGAGUUCCAGGUGUCCUCCAGCUACCUCCACGCAGUACCUGACGCCAUGGCAUUGCGCGUUUCUGAGCUCCCAAAAGUCCCCAAGCUGACGUACCUCGAACAUCGGACUUGAACAGCUUCACCACCUCUGACGAACAACACCACGACAGCAUCAGCGUACGAAUCUGUCUCGAGAACCCCGUAAUCGCCUAGUACAACAUCGAAGCCUUUCCUCCGAACCUCUGCCUAGCCCUGCGAAACCCCGCGAUCCCUUCCAGCUCCCACCCAUACCACAACAACACAACAGAACCCAAGAAACAUACAUCAUGGACUUUGCUCCCUACCAAUCCUCCCCGCCGGAGCGCGAACGAGCCCUCUCCCCGCCCCUCGCGUCGCCGCGCGCCUCGGCCGACAUUCGAAGACCCUUUUCGCCGUACGGCCAGCCGUCGCCCCCGCCCUUGCAACACCCACAACCGCAGCGCGGAUGGCAGCCGAACCUGCCAGGGUCCUAUCCCACGGCGGACGCACACCGGGAGGGCGUAAGCGAGUUCGAUACGAGCCUAGGGAUCAGGCUGGAUUACGAGGCUGCGCUGGCGUAUUUGGCGUUUCCGCCGUUGGGUGCGAUAUUAUUGUUGAUUGGGGAGCGGAAUAGUGAUUAUGUGAGAUUUCAUGCAUGGCAGUCGGCACUGCUGUUCACGGCCGUCAUGAUCUUUCACCUGGUGUUCCUCUCAUGGUCCAAGUUCCUGAGCUGGUUCUUCUUCAUCGGCGACCUAUUUGUCAUGGUGUGGUUGGCGUUGAAGGCGUACCAAGAUGCGGAUACGCUAGAUAGAUUCGAGGUUCCCGUACUUGGCGCGCUGGCCAGCCGGAUUCUUGACGACGAAUGAACUUUGACGACUCGACGAGAAGCUUGAGGGAAAGGAAUUACUGUGUUGUAAGAUGGCGAGGGAAGUGCCUUGAUGACUUAUUGUUGUGCAUAUCAUAUACCCUUUUAAUCAGUCGGAGAGAGAGAAGCAUCUCGACCUAGGCCAGCUGGUCUUCUUGUCUCAUAGAUGUACAAUGUUGUCUGUAUGAAUGACAAGAGAAUUGAGUCAGGAGUGUCA